AUGAACGGCAUGGAUGAAAGCACUGAGCGACUCAGCCUUCCAUUGAUUGGAUCAGAUGAAGAACCAUCCAGGUCUCAGCAGACAGUUGAGCUCCAACUUCUAUACGACCGCCCUGACAUUUCAGCCGUGCCCUCUACCGAUGACGCGAGUGCGCAGAUGUCGAAGGAGGCGUCAUUACCUGAAAGAAAACGUCCCAACGUCGUGUCAAGACUGUGCACAUGGGUGCAUCGGCGGUUGACACUUGUUCUAAUGCUACUACUACCUUCGAUUGCCCUACUUUGUGCCAUCGGCCACUAUGGGUUCUUCCACUCCCUUGACAAAACCUUGACACAACAUCGGCGGAUCCGGCAGUCGCACGUCACUACGAUAUCGUUGGUCCUUACAACCGUCUUCAAGGCAUGCAUUGUUGGGGCCGUCGCAUUGUCAUUUGCACAGCAUUUAUGGCGUAACCUCCGCGAGGAGGCUCAUACAAUAGGUCGGAUAGAGCAAUUGUUCUCCCUACGAUCUAAUCCAUUCGAGCUCACACGACUGCGAGCGUCUUGGGAAGCACCUUUACUAUUCUCGAUGGCUAUUUUCACGUGGCUCAUACCAUUGGCCGUGAUAUACCCACCAUCUGCUCUCACUGUAUCCUUUCGGGCAUACUCGACGAACAAGGAUCUCUAUGUGCCAGUUCUGUAUCCUCUAAAUCCUAGUUCCAACCUAUCUGAUGAUAUCGGACCGGCUAAUCUCCGCUUGUACAAUGUAGACCGGUCUGCACUUGAUCACAUGAGUAUGACUUACACACGGCCGAAUGAAUCUUUGUUCAGACCAGCCGAGUCGAUUCUAAUCUCGGGAAAGAUACUGGAUUUCCCCUCACCAGCCGGAGAAAACUCGUCCUACACUCUAGAAUUCAGAGGCCCACAAUUGGAGUGCGAUGAGAAGACUAUUGAUAGUGAUGACCCCGAAAAGUUUACUAAGAAUCACUCACUUACACCGUUUACUAUUAACUGGGUACCAACGAAAAACUUAACGAUAACCCAUUUGCAAGAUCUGCGUUGGUACCCGCGUUCUGGCCAACCAUGGACUGGAAAUCGUACUGUCACGUAUAUGGGCACUGCAAACGUGCUAACAUGCAAACCAGUCUCAGUACUAUACAGUAUGGACGUGUCAUACCUGAAGGGUGUCCGUCAGAUUGCUUAUACCAAGCACGAUCCGUAUCCUCUUCGACCUAGAACAUCCCUUAGAUUUUCGAACCAGUCAAAACAAAGUUCCACAAGCUUGGGGACUCCCGAUAAUUCGGACCUCGUUCUCCCUAAUCUUGAAGCUUGGAAUAAUCAGGUAAAGCAACAUUUGGACAUCUGGACUGAGUGGUCUCUAAUGAUCACUACGCUCCGGCCCUUGGAGUUCUCCUGCGAAAAUGAUGAAUUCUUGAGUGAUUCGGCAAGAAUUACGCUACGAAACGGAACUGAAGUUUCCGGUAUAUAUGAAGCCCGCGAUUUCAACCUCACCGAGCAGACCAUGAAUGAGUACAUCGCCAACGUCACCAUAUCUGCGCUCACUCUGAAAAUCGGAAAGAACAAAACCCAGGUAAACGUCACCGAAUACCACACGACCUACGACUUUUCCGCACCCAUCAAUCUCAUUUUACCCUACGCACUUUCUCUAGCAAUUGGCAUAGUGUUCGUGGCCAUUGGGAUCUGGUCUUGGUCGCAGAACGGAACUUCAGCAUUUGAUGGAGGCUUCCUGCAGGUCAUGGCCACCACCGUCGGGCGGACGCAGAUGGAGGAUCUCGCUAUAGCACACCAAACAAGUAAUAAUGGAGACUACAAAUCCAAAGAGCUAAUGGAUCUGAGAGUCCGGUAUGGGGAACUAGUAGAUGCCGAAGGUGUAGGUACGGGGCUAGCGGCUUUUGGGACGAUAGAGGAGACGAAGAUGUUGAGGAAAGGCUGGCACUCGGGAUAA